CACUUUGCUCCCCAAUGGAGCUCAGACGAGCAUGGCCGUGGCGUAGGAUCUUGUCCAUAGCGAUCUUGCUGAUCGUUGUGCAGGCCGCGCUGCUGCUGUACUGGUUCCAGAGUCCAAGGCAUGUCAACGUUGCAGGCCCAAAUGGCUUGUCGGCAGUUCCAGGAGAAACACAAGUCCACGCAAGCCACCCUCUAGGCGCCAAUGAUUGCAAUGCGAAGUUUCCGGAUCUUUACUAUGAAAUUGAGCGUGCCAGUGUCUACUGGAAAAACAAGAAACAUGCAAUUUCAAAGGACGACGUCGAUAUCUCAUGGCACCCUACUGGCAUGUUCGAAGGCGGCGCCAUCAGGUUCCUGAUACAUGAAAACAAAGUCAGAGUACUGGAGAGUAUCAACGCCAUGCUGGACCCGAAAGGCAGUAUCGGUGAACGAGGAACCUCCUUCCUCCACUUACUCCAACGAGCUCUGGAAAGUGCGACUGCCAGCGGUGAAGUUCUGCCAACCAUCGAAGCAUCUAUUGUCUUGCAAGACGUAUCGUCGCCGCCGACAGAGGAUGGCACACAUAGUUUCUGGACAUGGGCGCGGCCGUCGCAUGACGUGCAUUUCAACAGGACGACAGAAUACAAUGGGGAAACAGUACAUUAUGAACAGUUCUGGAAAUAUACCACCUUUGAGCGACUCUGGCUGAUACCAAAUUUCGACUUCUGGUAUACGAGCUCUAUCGGAUACUACACGAAGGCGGUCGAGGAUGCCAUGCAACGAGAUAAUAUGGCCAAAAUCUCAAAAGUGGCCUGGAGAGGCACAAGAUGGGUUAACCCGGAUGUCCGAGAGCAUCUUGUCAAGGUGACCGAAGGCAAGCCUUGGGCGGAUGUCAUGUUCAGCGACACCAUGACUCACGAGAACCACAUCGACAUUGCAGACUUCUGCAAGUAUGCCUUCACUGUACACACCGAGGGCUUCAGCUAUUCAGGGCGGCUGAAUCACCUUCUCAACUGCAACUCUCUUCCCUUCAUUCAUCAGCUCAACUGGAAUCUGCACUACUAUCAUCUCCUGCGAAAAGAUGGCCCCGAUCAGAACUACGUGGACGUCAAGGACGAUUUCAGUGAUCUGGAAGAGAAAGUUCUUCACUACCUGGCGCAUCCCGAGGAAGCACAGAGAAUUACCGCAAACCACAUCGCAACAUUUCGGGAGCACUAUCUCACUGCAGAUGCUACAUCUUGUUAUCUGCGCAGGCUGGUCCAUGAGUAUGCGUCUGUGGCUUUCACGCCUGAGACUACUAGAUCGAACAUAGAUGGCACGACUGGGCUGCGAGGCCGUGAUCUUGAUACAUUUUUCGCCAAACCAGAAGACUUCAAAGAGCCGUGAGGCUGGAUGCUGGAGAUUGUGCUCAACGCACUGAAACCUCGACAUGGUCGACUACAAUUUCGGCCUGUGGGCAGGAAGUCAUGGACGGAACUGGCAUGGCUCUCCCAGAGGUUCAGCCCCGGCAAAUGGGGAAAUCGCACACUAUUUGGACAAUCCAGAUGCUCUUGCCAGCUUGAACCACGAUUCGGAGACGUAAUUGAAGCUUUUGGCGCUUCGAAAGGGCUUUCAUGGCCCUGAUCUGGAUCAGCGUGCCUCGUGGUCGACAUGCAAAGGCAGCAGAGCUUUCACAAUACGGACAAUCAUCCCAGAAGAAUAGACAAGAGCAAUCUCGCUGACUAAUGUUUGAACAAUACAGGUCACAACUUUCAAACAGUCAGAGACUGCUACGAGCAAUGCAUGGAUGUAUCGCACAUCUCAACCCGCGCGCUACUGCUAUCACGAACGUGUACAUCUACCCUGUAGAUGUACCACAAUUCAAGUCUACCAGUUGCCUCGAUCCACAACACGCUAUCAUCAAUGCUCAAAAAGCAUCCGUACACUGCGC